GACUCCGCCGACAAAAAGCAACUCAUCGCAAAGCCAAAGGAGUACGUGGUUAAGUUCCACUUCCCCAGUCCGCCACCGCUCUCACCACCAGUCCUCGGUCUCUACAACUGCACCUUCUCCUAUCCCUCUGCGAAGCCCCUCUUCAAGGACGUGAACUUUGGCAUUGAUCUAUCCACGCGUAUUUCCAUCGUCGGACCCAACGGUGUGGGAAAGUCUACCUUCUUGAAACUGCUCACAGGCGAAGUCGAACCCACCGAGGGUGAACGGCGUAUCAACCAUCGGGCGAAGAUUGGAAAGUACGAUCAGCACUCCGGGGAGCAGCUGAAUCUGAUGGAAACGCCCAGCGAAUACCUAAUGAGGCUGUUCAAUAUUUCCUACCAGGAGGCUCGUGGCUGUCUCGGCAAGUUCGGCCUUGAAAGUCAUGCGCAUACCAUUCGGAAUGCCGACCUCUCCGGUGGCCAGAAGUCCCGUGUCGCCUUUGCCGAACUCUCCCUGCGCAAACCCGACAUCCUUAUCCUCGACGAACCGACCAACAACCUGGACAUUGAGUCCAUCGAUGCGCUGGCGGCGGCUAUCAAUGAAUACGAGGGUGGUAAGUGUCCCAAAAUCUCUCAGCAGGCAGUUUAG